AGCAUUAUCAGUGCAGGCGAGUCUGCUUUUGACCAGAUAUCUGAGCACAGGCUGAGGUGACUGAAAUCAGCUGGGUAGAACCUUUGUCACCCGGUUUCCCCUCCUGGGAGUCCAGGAAGGGGUCUGCAAAGACCCGAGUCAUCAACAAGACUGGCAAAAUGAUUUUCAGACUCCCAAGAUUGACCCCAGGCUACAUCAGGUUACUGAAGACCCAAGCCUACCACAAUGUGUGUGUGGUGCGUCCACCCGAGAAGACCAUGCCUGGGAUUGCUAUGCUUCUAGGGGCCGUGGGGAUCGGGAUGUGCGGGUACAGCUCCAGGCAGUUGGCUUUGUACCACCGGCCUUCCAGUCGUGUGCUGCAGAGUGUUGGCUCGUACACUGAUGCCAGCAUGGCAGGGGGAUCUGCCUUCAGGGCCCCUUUCCUGGAUGUUACCCACAGGGCUGGAGCUUGCCAGGGGAUCCCACCUCCCUCCUUUGUGGGCCAGAAGUUUGUUUAGAACAAACACACUGGUUGAGUAAAGAUUGGCCAACGUAGGUUGACUCUCAGAAACUACACUGUUGCGUGUUAAAGAUUGUAGCUAUGCUGGCCCAUUGUGUCAAUGAGGCCCAUGUGCUCUCUGAAGACAUGCUAGUGGAGGUAUCUGAAUGAUUCAAUCUGUGUUGGCAUGAUGUUGGAUGUGACACUAGUUCUAUGGAGCCCUUUAGUUCAUGCAAUUGAUUGUUUUCUCUAAGUGCAAUAGUAAAUUACUUUGUGAGCACUGAUCAGGAUAAAUAUACUGUACUCAUAUCUUUCCUUGUAGAGCCACUGAAUGCAGAUGGUAUAUGUUUGAUUUAGAAUCCUUCCGACUGUUUUGAAUGUUAUAAAAUUUUUAAAAAAGCAUGGCAGUAGUCCUUCAUAGUCACAAACCUUUGUCUGGAUGAUGAAGAACAUCAGGAAGAAGCAACGUACUGUUGUUUACUCCAGAUUAAGUGAUGGCGGCACGCAAGAUAGAUAACAGCUUCUUAGACCUUCAUUCUCUGUAGAGAUUAACCCUGAAGGUGGAAAACCACAUCUUAAACUAAUCUGGUUUAGAGUGCUUCUCUACUUACCAAUCUAAAAUGGACAGUCCUCGUGCCCCCAAACUGUACCUUUCUCCCUGCAGUGCCCACCAUUUGUUUCUCCCCCAUUCAAGGGUGUGGAAAUCCAGAAGGCUUACUGGUCUUCCAUGUGCAAAAUAAGCAGUUGUGAAGGGGGGUGGAUGAAAUUGGCGAGGCAUUGAGUGUGGUUGAGAAUGUGUGCUGUGCCUUACUUAGGGAGAGCACUUGAUGUAACUGUCAAACUGUUAGAAAUGACAAUAAGGUGAAAAGAGCAUAACUUGUAGACCAAAGGUAGCGUGCAAGAUAUUGGGAAGAUUUUUCUUUAUUGGCUGAAUUUCUGACUGAAGAAUCUUUCUAGCUUGGUCUUGACAUGUUUGGGGUUAAUUUAAAAGGACAAUCAUUUUAAUGUUACACAUUGGGCAUGGAGCUAUAACAGAAGUCAUUGAUCUCCAUCAUUAGAGUUAGGGUAGAGAAGGUGACAGUUCAUCUAAUGUAUGACUUGCUGCUUCUCUGUGAGGGAUUACUGCCAAAAAUGCACUGAAAGAGGGAAUAUUGUUUUGCCCAUAUUUAAUCUGUUGCAUUGUCAAAUUCAUGUUCAAAAAGGUUACAAAUGCUUCCUUUAGAUGAGUGUUGCUCUGUUAGUAACCAUGUGCUAUGUAAAGAAAGCAAUACAGGCAAAAUAAAGAAUGCAUAAAUAUACAAA